UCAAUCCGGACAACGACCUGAAUUUUAUGCCGCCCGGGAUGGGUCAACCUCAGCCUGCGCAGCAGCCCCUCGCUGGUGCGGCCCACUUGUCCGCACAGCAUGAGCGCCUGAUUCUCGAGCUGCUGCCCUUCAAGGAGCUCCGUCAGUUCCACGAGUGGCUGAGCAGCGUCUACGUCCGCGGCUCCUGGAACGAGUUCGUCACCGACUUCCUUGCCCACAAUCCUCGGGCACCCGAACUCGACAAGAAUAAAACGACGCAAAAAGCCAAGGACGCCGUCAACUCGCGAAGCACCCAGUUCCUGAUAUAUCACCCGGACAAGGGCGCUUGGUCCGCCGAGGAUCACCACGUCCGCUUUAUCGUCACCGUCAUCCAGGAUAACAUGCUGAAGGGCUUGUGGUCGGAGAGCGACUGGAAGAAGAAGGGUCUCGACAUUACCAAAGCCGUUUAUGAGGUUCUCGCGUUUCUGAGGGCGACCACAUUUUACCCUGAUGCGAAUCCUCCGCUGUACGAGGCGUAGUGUGUUUUGGCCACUCGGGGCUUCGUUCCCCCGUCGUUGUCAUGUCCUGGCCUUUGUUCUUUAUCACUGUUGUCACCGUGGACUUAUUAGAGCAGGCUGUCAACAACUAGCAUAUAAUGGUAGCUAAAGCCGGAGGCUGCUUCUGACCUGUUGAUCAAUCCUUUAUUGUAGACACGGGAUAUCGAUUUGACGCCAGUGGGCAAAUGCGGGCAUGGCUGGGAGUUCUGAGCGUCGGAGCAGAGCACCGUGAUAAUUCAAAAAGCAAGCCAUGAAGCUCUCCUCGAGCCCGGCUAUGGCUGGGAUGCUGUUAUAGCCCGCAUUACACUGGCCGUCCCGUUCCCCUCUCACUUUCCUGCCCCCAC